UUUUGCCUUUUUGUUUUCCGACUGCUUCUCUGAGCUAUGCCUAAAGUAGUUUCGCGGUCCGUAGUCUGCUCUGACACCCGGGAUCGGGAGGAGUAUGACGACGGCGAGAAGCCCCUUCACGUCUACUACUGUUUAUGCGGCCAGAUGGUCCUGGUGCUGGACUGUCAGUUGGAGAAAUUGCCCAUGAGGCCCCGGGAUCGGUCCCGUGUGAUUGAUGCUGCCAAACACGCCCACAAGUUUUGUAACACAGAAGACGAGGAGACUAUGUAUCUUCGGAGGCCUGAGGGCAUUGAACGACAGUACAGGAAGAAAUGUGCAAAGUGCGGUCUGCCACUCUUCUACCAGUCCCAACCGAAGAAUGCUCCUGUGACCUUCAUUGUGGAUGGAGCAGUAGUCAAGUUUGGCCAGGGUUUUGGGAAGACGAACAUAUAUACUCAGAAACAAGAGCCUCCUAAGAAAGUGAUGAUGACGAAACGGACUAAAGACAUGGGCAAGUUCAGCUCUGUCACUGUGUCUACUAUUGAUGAAGAGGAAGAGGAGAUUGAGGCUAGAGAAGUUGCUGACUCGUAUGCUCAGAAUGCCAAGGUGAUUGAAAAGCAGCUGGAGCGCAAAGGCAUGAGCAAGAGGCGGCUGCAGGAGCUGGCUGAACUGGAAGCCAAGAAAGCGAAAAUGAAGGGAACCUUGAUUGACAACCAGUUCAAAUGAUCAGGACCAUUCUGUGAACCCAGACUGGAGGCAAGCAUUUAGAUCAGGAGGAAAAAGAGCGUUUUCUUGACUACAUGGACUGGUUCCUACCUUUAUGCCCCAGCAGAAGGUUUUACGUGGCUUCCCAGUGAUUCUCUUACAUUCAGUGAGGUCUUUGAGUCCCUCUGACCUGCUUUCUAGAGAUGGAUUUUUCUCAAUCUUUCUGUGUAUAGGUCUUCUGUACUAUUUUUUGUCCAUUUGAUAUGAACUUCUUCAUCUGUGUAGAAGCUCUGUGAAUAGAUCAGUGCUUCAGUGUGUCUAGUUUCUAAAGGAGCUAUUCUUUUUGUGUGUGUGUGUGUGGUACGUGGGCCUCUCACUGUUGUGGUCUCUCCCCUUGCAGAGCACAGGCUCUGGACACGCAGGCUCAGCGGCCAUGGCUCAUGGGCCCAGCUGCUCCGUGGCAUGUGGGAUCCUCCCGGACCGGGCACGAACCCGUGUCUCCUGCAUCGGCAGGCGGACUCUCAACCACUGCGCUACCAGGGAAGCCCUAAAGGAGCUAUUCUUAUUCCUUCUUCAAAGUUAAUAAAAUAAAAUAAUAAAUAAAAUGUUAAUAAAAUGUUUAAAGAUUUUUGAAAAAAAAUAUGAUGUCAUAGAAAAAAGUAACAUGAAUUACAUUUAAAGUUACAGCAAGCCAGAUCCUUUUAAGUGGCUCUGUCUCUGUUCUUAGACUGGCAGGUAUUGGCUAGGGUUUGAAUCUCUCUACUGUCAGAGAAAAUCCAUAACAAGCCAGAAUCUGCAUAAAGUUUCCUUUACCUCAAAUGUUAAAACUCUAGGCACGCUAACCCUUAUCAGAUGUUGUACAUACAGAAGGAAAAGCCAGAUUCAAGUGAGGGGGUAGGAUAGCUCUGAUCCGAAUGAAAAUUGGGUCUUGGUAAGCAACCCAAGGGAGCUACCAUCCUGUCAAGCAGCUAAGAGCGUUGCUUCCAUGUGUGGACAUGUGGGAGGGAGACAUGGUAGAGUAAGAAAUGACACCAACUCUAGGUCCAUCCGCCUCACUACAAAUAACUCAAUUUCAUUCCUUUUUAUAGCUGAGUAAUAUUCCAUUGUAUAUAUGUGCCACAUCUUCUUUAUCCAUUCAUCUGUUGAUGGACACUUAGGUUGCUUCCAUGUCCUGGCUAUUGUAAAUAGAGCUGCAAUAAACAUUGUGGUACAUGACUCUUUUUGAAUUAUGGUUUUCUCAGGAUAUAUGCCCAGUAGUGGGAUUGCUGAGACGUAUGGUAGUUCUAUUUGUAGUUUUUUAAGGAAUCUCUAUACUGUUCUCCAUAGUGGCUGUACCAAUUCACAUUCCCACCAACAGUGCAGGAGGGUUCCCUUUUUGCCACACCCUCUCCAGCAUUUAUUGUUUCUAGGUUUUUUGAUGAUGGCCAUUCUGACCGGGGUGAGAUGAUAUCUCAUUGUAGUUUUGAUUUGCAUUUCUCUAAUGAUUAAUGAUGUUGAGCAUUCUUUCAUGUGUUUGUUGGCAAUCUGUAUACCUAGAGUCUGUCAUACAGAGUGAAGUAAGUCAGAAAGGGAAAAACAAAUACCGUAUGAUAACACAUAUAUAUGGAAUCUAAGAAAAACAGAAAGGUCAUGGAGAACCUAGGGGUAAGAUGGGAAUAAAGACACAGACCUACUAGAGAAUGAACUUGAGAAUAUGGGGAGGGGGAAGGGUAAGCUGUGACAAAGUGAGAGAGUGGCAUGGACAUAUAUACACUACCAAACGUAAAAUAGAUAGGUAGUGGGAAGCAGCCUCAUAGCACAGGGAGAUCAGCUCGGUGCUUUGUGACCAC